GUGUGGAAGGGUUGAGAGUAUUGAUUGGUCUGUAUUGCUAUGGCGAGGAUCGAUCGGGACUAUAUGGUAGAAGGGGAUAGCAGUGAAGCAAACCGAACUAACCGAAUGAGCUGGACUAUCAGUGCAGCGGGCCGUUGGCAAACACUGCAACGGGCCGCUGGUAGACACUGCAACGGACUGCUAGCGAACAAGAUGUGAUGGCCGAGCCUGUGGAUAACGGAGGAUUUAGGUGUACGCUCAUGGGCACAUACGUUAUACUUUCACGCAGACAUCCUCUUUGUCCG